GUCUGAGACUCUUUGGGUGGAUGAUGGCUUACCGCGCAGUUGUGACGGCAAUCUGCAGCGGUCGCUUUGCGUUCAGUCGGAGUACCUCGCGGGCUCAGCUGCUGGAUGCCGCCAAGGUGCUGUUCGACCAGUCUGAAUCUGCGCACCGAGCUGCAGUUGCCGAUGCAACAUCGAGCGCAGAGCCAACGCGAUUAACCGUGGUGAUUGAGAGUGCACAAGGCCUCGCUGCUUCCAAAGUCUCCAAAGGUUCUGGUGCACACGUCGUCUACGCCUCUGUGGAAGUGUCAGGCAAAGAGCAAUAUUCGGUGCUGCUCUCGGAUCUCACCAAUCCUACAUUCCAUGCGCGGUUUGUUUUCGACCCUGUCAAGCCGGACGAUGCUGUUUCGAUUGGUAUCUGGGCCAUGCCAGCUUCCACUCCAUCAGGACAACAUCUGAAGGACAAGUUCCUUGGACAGUUAAGCAUCCCUAUACGGCAGCUCAUUGGCAACGGCGGCGAUCUACGCCAGACAAGCGAGCUGCAAAAGCGAUCUGCGCGCUCAACCGUGAGCGGCGUACUGACAUUGGAGCUGGGUUUGCACCAAUCGGCUGCGUCCCUACGACCGCCGGAACAGAGAUCCCGAAGCAACUCGCGGUCGGGCUUGGUUCUGUCCACCAAUGUGCAACAAGCGGUCGUAGCGCUGGUUCAGACGUUGCACGCCCAAGUGGACAUUGGGCUGUCGCAUCCAACGCUGGCACUGCUGGACUUGUUGUGCGACGUUGAUGCUCUGCCGCACGCAGCAUGGCAACUGUUUCUUCUAGAGCAGCUGCUUGACCAGGCAAGUGUGCACCACACCGCGUUGGUGCCAUUGCUGGAAUCUUUCGCAGCGGACACGUUAUUCUCCGACAAGGCAAAGCGUGGGCCUGGAAUGGAGCUCAAGUUUCCGCCAGUCAUGGAGCGUGAGCUGCUCCCGCUGCAUCGAGCAAUUCGACUGGCCGCUCUUGCCUUGCAGGAGUUAGAAGUGCUUGGGCGACAGCCGUUUGCAAACGCAAUCAAGCAACUCUCCGCUCAGACCCAGCUCGAGACGAUUGUAGGCGGCUGGGUGUCUCUUCUGUCCGCUUCUCUCCGAAAUUAUCAGCUGGUACUGUCACCAACUUUGGCGCCGCCUGGAGCCAGUAUCGACGGAGGCGAUAUGAGAACAAGUCCCAUUCUGACAGUAGCUCUGGAAAUCAUUCGGCGCGCCUUGCAGCUGAAAAACAAUGGGCCAGACCAUGCACUGGACGCGCUUGUUCUCGACACUUGCACCAUUCCACUGCGCGAAGCCAAGCAGUUGCUCGCGGCACGUAUCACGCGAGUUCUGGCGGAGGAUGCUGAGCGGCAAGAAAAGGCAUCAUCGGCGAGACGAUCGAGCCAUUUCGCACAUGCGUCGGCAGCAGCACUUCUCGCUUCUUCGCGAAUGCUGCUGUUGGACUUGCAGCGAGACAGUCUGAUGUAUCAAACCGUUUUUGAGCAAGCGCUCGGGAUUAACAUUGUCGCGCUGACGAUCGCCAACGCCUGUCCCGCACACGCCGCCGAGGUGGAAGGCUUUUGCAUGUCCAGCAACCCGGACAUUCUGCUGGACAAGAGUUCGGUGCAGCUAUUUUCCACUUUGCGAGAACUGCACGUCAUCACCGAGCAUGCUCGCGGGGCGUCCUCGUGUCAGACGCCAAUGACGCUGACGCUCGCGCACGGCCAUCCCGCUGCUUCGACCGCUCUCGGCACGCUGCCGUACGCACGCCACGAGCAAUGGAUUUCAGCGUUCAUUUUGGCGUGGCUGGAUUCGCUCCGGUUCAAAAUGAAGGAUUGGGUCAAGCAGGCGCUGGCGCACGACAGAUUUUCCGCCGUGUCUGACACGCACCUUCAUUCUUCGUCUGUUGUCGAUGUGUUUGGCGGUCUCACUCAAGCAACCGACACCCUGAGCGAUUUGCGAUGGCCGGAUGAGCGGAUGAUGCAGCAGGUAUUUCUGAAGCUCGCGGAAAUCGUGACGACGCAAAUCACCAUGUAUUCCGAGCUUCUCGUGCAAAACGAGGUCAUCGGCGAGCAUUCUCCCCACGGCUAUGUGCGGGCGGCAAGCGGCUCCGAUGCGUCCAUGGAGCUCGGCAUCACAUCGGUCUUGUGCGUUGCCAUGAACAAUGUGAUUCAGGCAUUCGACGAGAUGACCACUCUGCGCGAGGUUUUGGCUGCACACAUCUUGAACCCUUCGUCAUCAGCAGAAGAUCCAGUGGCGUCUUUGAAACCGCAGAACGAAACAAAUCCCUUCUCUUUCAUCUUUUCAGAGAUGAUCGCGGAAACGAGCAGAUCAUUGAACAAGUCGCUCGAGAGCUUGAUGCGUCACGUCACCACGUCUGUAGCAACGGGGGUUCACAUGCAUCUGAUUGCAAUGCUGCAGUUGCUCGAGCCCGGUGCUGCCUCGCCCGCCCUGACGGGUGCUGCCAGCAACCAGGCGCCGUUGCCUACCGCGGUUCGGAUUGUGUCCCACACGCCCGCAUGCUACAAGCAAGCGGACGACUCGGAGGCACCACCACUUCAGCACCGACGCACGCCUUCUUUGGACGCCAAAGCCUCGCACGACAAGAGGUCUAGCAGCAGUGGUCGGUCUGUCGCCAAGCGAGCGGUGCAACUGGCAAAGUCGAUUGACUGGGGCCGCAAGCGUGAUCGUGCUGCCGCGCUACGCAUUUCGCAAAACGAACUCGAGGCUGUCGUGACACCCUUGGUGGACUUUCUUGACGGGACGUUGCAGGCUCUGACGGCUUCGAUUUACCAGGACGUGUUUCGACACCUUUUGCAACAGAUCUGGCUGGCCACCCUUCAAGCGUUCGAACACGUCCUUCAGCCCGAUGCGCGAACCACCUCCCCAGAGCUGUCGGCCGCACCUGGCAAGAACAAGCAGCCGCAGCAACAGCAGCAACAGCUUCAACAACAACUUCAACAACAACAGCAGCAGCAGCAUUCGCCCGAAGUCACAGCCGCUGCGAGUGGGCUGAAGCCAAAGAGUGUCCGAAAGCUCACGCUUCGGCAAUGGAAGGCACUGUCGGGCACGCUCAACACCUUGUUGGAGUUUUUCAACGCGGACGGCGACGGCUUGGCCACCUCGGUGCUCAAAAGCGCUCGCCUGCUGGAUUUGCAAGCGUUCGUACAAUUGGAGGCGACCCCGUCACCAAUGUUAAUGCACGAGUACUUGAAGCAACAACACGGAAAGCCGCGUACAUUGCUUGACAUUCCGCGAAGCGGGUCGUUGAAGGUGGAUGUUCUGUUGAGGCAAGAGACCAGCACUGGCAAGAUUGUCGUGGUGGUGGAUCACAUUCACGGCGUGGCCUUGCCAAGCUUGGAUGCGAGUGGGGUAGUAAACGCCCAAGUGCAAGCGUGUCUGGUUGGAGCGAAAAUGCCGGACGAAGUUGCAGAGGCGAUCGUUGGUCACCAAUUGCCCGCAGAAGCGACACUUGUCGGCACAGAGCCCAACCGUCUCGCCCGGACGUCCGUGUCCCUCAAAUCGACCGAUGUGUACUUCCCAGAAACUCUGGAAAUUGCGACAACGCGAGAAGAGCUGACCCAGAGCAAUCUGUCCCUUUCCGUCUGGCACCACCCUCUUUCCCGCCUUGGCAGUUCUUGUGCAUUUCUUGGUGAGAUGGUCGUUUCAGGCCAGUUUUUGACAGAGUCUCUGUCCUCGCCACAAGCUGCCGGUACACCUUCAUCAUCGCAGCAACAACCGCCUGCCAGACCUCCGCCACCUCGUGCUCAGGCGCCUGGCAGACCACCACCCCCUCAUGUUACUAGUGCGUCCGCUAGUGCAUCUGCGAAUGUUCCUCCCUCUAGCCGGUCGAAUUGGAAGAUUCACGAGUCUCUGCUACCCAAAGAAACAGCGUCUGGAAAACGAGCGCUGCAAGUUCUUGCCUCAAGAAAAUCCGACGCUUUGGCGCAAGAAUUUGUUCGACAGCGCAAAGGGGCGGUGUUGAGUCACACAGAGACCACCUCUGCUCAUGGUCGUGCUUCUUCUGCUGCAGCGUCGAGCUUGGCUGCGUCCAGCUCUGCGCUUUCGUUCUCUCACAAUUCCAAAGUGCAUCUCGUCAACAACCACAUGUUCCGAGCGACUCAUUUCAACAGUUUGCCACAGUGCAAGCUUUGCACCAAGUUGUUGGUCGGAAUUGGCAAACAAGGGUACCGCUGCGAACGUUGUGGUGCGGUCUGCCACAAACAGUGCCACGAAACGUUGCCGGCCUGUGCAAUCUGAAUCAACGAGGUGGUGAGAAAACCUGUUGACCAAUUUUAUUCAUCAAAUAAAGUGGUGCUGCAAAAAAAAAUAGGAAGCG